AUGUCCCGGCAUCUCUUCCAUUCUGCGGUGCUGCUUCUCCUCGUCGUGUUAUGCGGCACCAGUGGUGCUGCGCACGCUGAGGGAACCAUUGCAGGGAAUGUGCAAAUGCCGCAAUGGGUCACGCUUUUUUUGCCGGGGAAGACGCCGGUGGUGCCAAGAGAUGGGUUCGCAAGUAAAAUGAGGGAUUGGUUUUUCUUGCCCUCGAUUGUGAGCGCUGGUGGAGUAAUGGUUACACUUGCGGAGGGUCAAAUUGAGCUUCAGAGCUCUGAUG